AUUAUAUUCUUCGGUCACGGUGUCUGAGUGGGUAUAUAUAUAAGACAUAAGUAAAGUACUUUACGUGACGUCAUUAUUUGCGAAUUAUUUAUAAAUUGUACAUGUAUACUGCACUUUGAACAGAAUAACUGGACUACCUGCCUACCAUCGAUUGUAAUAACAUUUUUAGAACAUCAUUAAAUUAACACACGUAGCAGAUUGAUAACAAUUAGUCAUGAGUUUACAGUGGACAUUGAUCGCAUCAUUUUUGUAUGCCGAGAUAUUUAUAGUGUUGUUGCUGGUAUUGCCGGUAGCAUCACCAAAAAGAUGGCAGUCAUUAUUUAAAUCAAGAUUUUUACAGAGUUUAAGCAAUCAAGCUUCGUUUUACUUCUUUAUGCUUCUUGCUAUUUUAGUAUUGUUCUUACUUGACGCUAUCAGAGAAAUGAAUAAAUAUUCAAAAUUAGAGCAUACUGAACAUGGUCAUCUAGAUGCUGAAAUGCAAGGAAGCAUGCGAUUAUUCCGAGCCCAGAGAAACUUUUACAUUUCCGGGUUCGCCCUAUUUUUGAGUUUGGUAAUACGACGUCUCGUGAUUCUAAUUUCUACACAGGCAACUCUUUUAGCACAGAGUGAAGCAGCUUUGCGCCAGGCCCAGUCAGCAACCACUACCGCAAAAAGUCUAUUGUCACAAAAAGGCGAGACAGCACAAAAUGACAGCAAUGAAGCUCACGACAAACUUGUCACCGAUUUGAAAUCUCAAGUGUCCGAGUUAUCGCAAAAAAAUACUGAACUCGAGAAUGAACUCAAGCGAGAGAAAAAAGAUAAAGACGCGCUAAAGUCUCAGGCUGAAUCUCUCGCCAAAGAGUACGAUCGGCUUACUGGAGAACAUGCUAAAUUAGUUAAGGCUGAGGGCGGUGAUAAAAAAAGUGAUUAAUUAUUUAUAUGUUACUCGAUCAAUAAUCAUUUUCAUUGUUUUUAAUACUACAUACUAUUUUUACUCCAGCUGCUAUAUUUUAAAUAAUUAAUUUAAUAUCUGAUACUCAUCUCAUUAUAAAUCUUCCCAAGUUAUUCAUUAAAUAUUUAUCAUUUUAUAUUUAUAAUAAAUAUCAAUAAUUAUA